AUGGAUACCUCAGACAAUGAUGACAUCGGCAUGACGCUGGUGAAACACCUACUUUUUGACAGAAUCCUCCCAAUUCUACCGGUAGAAUCCACUUUAACUACAUAUUCACAAGUUGAACAAGAUCAAUUCUUUGUUUCCUGUAGAUCUGUCAUACUAAACCUGGCCAUAUCCGGCCAUUUUGAUGCAGUGGUGGAAGAACAUCUGAAUGCUAUCGAUACAGUCCUACAGGAUGAAGAAAUUACUUCAGAUAAUAUAACUAAUGAUGCUUUACAUUCUAUCUUAGUGUUAUUGAGACUAUUGAGUGAUGUUGCAGAGUUCUAUUGGGAAUAUAUAGAAGAUCCAACAGACUUUGCACAUGAAACAAUGAAAGAUUUUGAAAAACAAAAGAAGAAAACAUUUUCAGGACUAUUAGUUGGAUUUUCAACCCAUAGACCUGGGUUCCAUAAGAUCCCUCCGAAACCAAUAGCGUCCGCAACAGCUUCCCGACUUAUAUUUAUUUGUAAUAAGAUUAAAUUUAAUUCAAGAACUUUGCGUGUCUUGAAAAAUAUGUCUCAUAGCCUUUACGGUACAGGUACAAUCCCAAGUUCCAAAAUUUUACCAACUUAUCAAAAUUUUUUAAAGAAGAGGAAAUUCCCCUCCUACUGUCAAAAGAUUGAUGUAACAAUUGAUUAUCUAUUAAGGUUUAGCGCAGCUUCAAAUCCUAUGGAAUUUAACAAAUAUGUCAAGAUUAGAGUUACGGGUCCAUUAUUAAUUUCUCAUACAUUAACCGAAUUAGGGGUUGUGAAACAUUUAGAUUUAUUCGGUUGCAUGUUUUUAACAAAUUAUAACCUGGCUCCUUUCUUGGAUACCAUUAGACUUCUUUCAGGUAACAUGAAGAGAACAAUUUUCCAUUCUUUAUUAUUAGAUUAUGCCUCCAAAUCUAUUAUGCUAUGGAUAAUGGCUCGUCCAAAUGAAUACAUCCAAUUAUACAGGGAUUUAAAUAGUAGUAAAGUCAGAAGUGAUAAAGUUCUAAGACUGAUACCUCAAUACGUUAAUGCACUAUUUGAAGAUAUCUACAAUACAUUUAACGUAUCAAAUCUAUUGACUUAUGCCUAUAAUGAUCAUAAUGUUCAUCGUAAUAAUGGCAUACAUCUUUCAAUUAAUAUUUCAAAUGAAUCACCAGUUAAUACUGGCAAUGAGAGUAAUACUGAGAGUUCAUCAAUAAAUUCAGCUCCAAUAUCGCCACAAGUUGCAAGCACAAAUCUACCGCUACGUUCUUUUCCAAUGUCUCCUUCACAAUCGUCAAAUCAUGAUGUUGGAGGACAACAUAUUUCACCUCAUCCAUUAUCAAAUGAUGACCUUUCUUCUUUUAAUUCCAGCAAAAGAUCAGUAAAUAUAGAUGAAUCAUUUGACAGUCAAAAUACCACAGAUAGUCAAGGUUUUGCUAAUGAUACAUCUACUCCAUAUCUGGAAAAUGUUCUUGAAUUGUAUGCCAAUUCAGAUGAAUCUGAAUUAUUAACGCAUUUUUCAAUUUUACGAUUCUUAUUAACAUUAACACUGCUGGAUACAGAUGUUUACGAAGAAAUGAAUAUGACCACAUUCAAAAAUAUUCCAGAUGCAAGCAGAUCGGAUGGACAUACAUCACCUUAUAGUACAUCUGGAAGUGUAGGAUCUUCUAGUCCAUGGGAAUCCGCAUCCUCUAGCAGUAUGAAUAAUGAAAAGGCUCAAAUGAAAUCGAUAACCCAUGGGUUUAAAAAAUUCACGUCAUUACAAUCUAAUAAAUCUACUAAAAAACGUAAUGGCAUGAAAAAAUUUGUAAUGAUGUUAAUGAAAAAUUUAAGUGGUUCACAAGUAAUAUCAGAUGUGUCCUUAGUUGAUAGUAUCCGAACUGUUUUGUCCUUAAUGACAAUUAGUUCAUCAAUUUCCCUUUUGGAUGACGAAAUACCUUCUGUUGUAUUUUCCAGAAGACUCUUCAGAAUGCUGGGUCAUAAUUUAGAUAUAGGGAAAGAAUGGAAGACUGCCACAAAUGGUUCCAUUACAAGUUGUAUCGAAAAGAAUCCUAUAAUUUCCAGAAAGUUACAACUAGAAUAUUUUUCAUCUGGUUUACAAUUAGACUGUAAUAGUCUAUUAAGGCAUCUUCAAUUAGACAACGAACUGAAAAUUUUGGAUUUGAGAAGACUCUGCCUGUACACAGAGGGUUUCAGAGUAUUUUUCCAUUUACAAAGUACAAAACAACUUCGAGAAAAAGUUGCCAUUGAUAUAUCCAUCUUUUUCAAGUCCUUAUUUUGUGAAAUUGCAGAUAUUCUAUUGAAGGUAUUCCCAUAUUUUGAUGAAAGGGUAACAAAUUUAAUUCUCUCCAUACUGGAUGGUACAAUUUUGGAAAAAUUCGAUAAAAGUAGAACAUUAUCAAAGAUAAAAAAGUUGCCUGUCCACAAUCCUCACACCUCUUCAAAAGCCACUACUCCACAAUCGACUUCUGGUAAGAACACUGGCGAGACAUUGUGGGAUUUGCAUUCUAUCUUUCCCACAAGCCAAGCGAACUCAACAACUUCUAGUGUGUCAGACGUGGCCGAAAUAGCAGAGACGGGUACACCAACACCAAAUUCACUAAAAUCAAUUACACCGGCACUGACUCAUGGUGCACAAAAUAAUCAAAGUUUCCCUGACUUGGUUACCACUCCAACAUAUAACCCUCCUGGUCUUAUAUCCCCGGGUUCUACACAUACAAAUAAUACAAGAAGAUUUCCAUUAUCUCCUUCUGGUGAAUCUGAUUUGAUGAGAAGUGGCUAUUCUUUACUCCAGGGGGAUCAAAAUAUUUUAUCUUCAACCUCACCUAUUUCAACAACUUCAACGGGUUUACCAAUGAGUAUCAAAUCACCACGUCCUGUUCAUGCAAGAUCAAGAAGGACAUCAGAUGAACGCUUACCUAAGUUUAUGAAUAAGGGAAACAUGAGUUCUGCAGACACGAGAUUAAUGGGUCCUAUUAGUGAGAAUGAUGAUGCAAGGAAAAUAAUGAUGAAUAUCUUCAGUAUUUUUAAAAGAAUGACAAAUUUCUUUAUUUUACCUCAUCGUGAAAACAUAGAAUCAACGUGGUUAUCAAAGGAUUUUAGAAAUGUCAUAAAACCAAUAUUUGUUGCAAUUAUUGAUACAAAUCUGACCUUGCAAUCUACUGCACAAUCCUUUAUGGAUAUUCUAAUCAAUUAUAUUUCGGAGUUUAGUGAAAGUUCUUCUUCUCCAGGUACCAUCAACGAUUAUUAUUUGUUAUGUACCUACACAGUUACUCUAUUUUCAGCAGCAUUGUUCGAUUUGAAGCUGCCAAAUUCUAAAAGAGAACUUAUCUUGGAUAUUAUAGUGAAAUUUAUGAAUGUAAGGCAGCAUCUGGCUAAGGUAACUGAAAACUCCAACACUGUUGAUUCGCUGCGUGCAACAGAAAAGAUUACUUUCCCACUCUUGACUGCGACCUUAGGAGGAAGUCUUAUUAUUUCAUUAUAUUACAAUAGAGGUGAUAUCCCAAGAUUAGCCAAGCUGGGGUAUGCAGAAUUUCUACAAGCGAUCAGAUUUUUUGAAAGGAAUAUUGGGGAAAUCGAUCUAACCUGCAUUUAUAAUAUCGAUUUUGUUGAAGCAAUGGCAAAAGAUAAUUAUGCUGCAUCUGGCUCAGUGGCUUUCCAAAGAAGACUAAGAAAUAACAUAUUGAAACAUAUCACACGUCCUGAUUCUAUCUUGUUGGAAACUAUGGAUAUAAUUUUCAAAAAGUGGAAUUCCCUUUCUAAUACCAAGUCGCUAACUCAAGAGGAACUUGGUGAUUUUAGAAGUCUAGCCGGAAUCUUAGCUUCAAUAUCAGGUAUAUUAUUCCCAAUCGGUGAAAUAGGGCGUGAAAUUCGUGAUUUCCCAUAUUUACACGAGUUUAGAAUGGAUCUCGUUGAUCAUAUGAACUUUUUCGUCAAUAAACAAUGUUUAUGGCUCAACAAUAGUGAUUUGCUAACACGAGAGAACGCAAGAGAUAUUUUAAGUAUCGAAUUGCAUCCAUUGUCAUUCAAACUACUAUUUAACAAUUUGAAUUCUAGAGUCAAGGAUUUGAAAACAGCGGAAUUAACCUCAGCCGAGCAAGAAGAUACAUCUUUUGUUCUUUUGGAACAAAUUGUUAUCAUUCUUCGUACAAUAUUGAAACGUGAAGAUGAGCAAGGGGUUCUAGUGUUAUUCUCACCAGAUAUAAUCGAACUCAUUGAUGCACUAACUGAAUUAGUGGAAAGCAUUCAAGAUUAUUCCGCAAGAUACUAUAAGGCAAUAAUACAAAUGUCGAAAAUGUUUAGAGCGAUGGAAAGUGCUGAGGAAAUUAUGGGUAUUAAAAACCAUUUCUUACUGAAAAAUAAGUGGUUGAAACUGGUAACAAACUGGUUUAGGUUAACCAUUGACAGAGACUAUGGUUUUGAUAAUCUCAACAAACCUCAUCGUGAAAUGGAUCUCAAGAAAAGGGAUGUCGAUUUUCUGUAUAUUGAUACUUCUAUUGAAUCCUCGAAAGCUUUGGCAUACCUAACUGAAAAUGUACCCUUAGAAGUACCACCAUCUACUUCAAGAGAGGAAUUAAACAAAAUGACCUCUGUUGCGUUUGGGAACUAUUUUACGAUUUUGUUAAAGGGUCUUGAAAAGAGUACCAAUGUUGAUAAAUUUCCUGUGUUACUGAAGCAUAAGAUUAGCAUUUUAAAUGAGAAUAUCAUCUUAGCACUAACCAACUUAUCCAACUCAAACGUGUAUGCAAGUUUACAAUAUACUUUACCAAUGGGUUAUUCGAAGGACCGAAAUAUUAGAGUAGCAUUUCUUAAGGUGUUUAUAAAUAUUGUUAAGAGUUAUCGAACUCAGGAGAACUUUACCAAUGAUAUGAAGAUAGAGGCAUUGGAUCAAUUAAUAAAAUACUUCAUUGAACAUCCAAAUGUAAUAUAUCCACUGACAGCGGUAUGCCCAGCUAACGAAAUUGACGGACUCUCUGCUGGUUUAGUUAAUGCUUUUGAGACUAGAAAUGCAGGUCACAUCCUUAUUACCAAUUUGGUUAAGGACGAAAUUCAGAAGGCGUCUCGUUAUGCGGAAGUUUUAAGAAGAAAUACUUGUGCUACUCGUGCGUUAUCUCUUUAUUCUAGGACAAAGGGUGCUAAUUAUUUAAUCCAGACUUUACGCCCAGUUUUACAAGAGCUAGUCGACAGCGGUGACUUCUUUGAUAUAGAGAGGAUUUCUCCAGAUGAAAAAGAAUCUCAAGCUCAAUGCGAUCUUUUUGCGAAGUAUCUUGUCAAACUGGUAGAUUUGAUAACACAGUCUGCCUCGAACUUCCCACCCGAGUUACUACUCAUAUGUCAAACCAUUUAUAAAGCUGUUAAAGAGAAAUUCCCGGAUUAUGCGUACGUUGCUGUCGGCUCCUUUGUGUUUUUAAGGUUCUUAGGACCGGCAUUAGUAAGUCCAGACUCGGAAAAUAUCUUAAUUCUAACACAUACUAGGGACAAACGACCAUUUAUAACAUUGGCAAAAGUUAUCCAGAAUAUGGCAAAUGGAGCAGACACUUUCGUAAAAUGGCCUGCUCUUAAUGGGCAAACGGAAUUACUAAAAGAAUGUAGCUCAAAGAUAACAACCUUUUUGACAGAACUUUGUGAGACGAAUUGCACUAUCCACCCAGAAAUACACAAUGAUACUGAUAUUGUAGCCACUGACUAUGAUUUCCUUCACCGUUACCUAUACAAGUAUGACUUGGAAUUUAGGAAAAGUAUUUUAGGUACAGUGAAGUCCUUUGAUGAUUUCAAGUUUUUGAAAGAAUUUGUUUCGGAAGUUGACAAGACUCUAGGAACAAUUGGCCAGCCUAAAUCAGAAGUACAGGAUGGGAUCCCCACAUUUGUUAAAGAACAUAUGGAAGACCAUCCACAAUUAUAUGAAUUUAUGAGUAGAUCCGCAUUUAGGUCUCUGAGGAUGGACAGGUCUGAAAUAGUAUGUGUCCACGAAUCAAUAUCUACUGAUGGUGUUCCCGUUUUCACUAUGACUUUCAAUGACUUUUUACAAGAGGGUUUAGAUUUAGAAGGAAUUGUCUUUAAGGUCAUUCAACAAUUCUCAAAAUUUUGGUCCUCAUCUCACUAUUUGAUGGUGGACUAUACCUCGUUUAUGGCUGACAAGAUUGAUUGUAGGAAGCUUGUAGCGCUAUUUUUUAGUAUUCUUCCAGAUGAAGCUUUAGAAAACUGUUUGGGAUGUUAUUUCCUGAAUGUAAACAGUACUUUUGUUGAGUACUACUGGAAACCUGCGCUUGAGGCUGAUAAUCCAUAUGUCACAUUCAAAGUACCACAUCACUUUAUUAAUAGUAAUACCGACCUUGCAGCAGUAAGGAAACUAGGAUUAAAUGGCCAAAGCCUGGAAGUUCUUCAGGACGUUCGGGUAUCGUUACAUGAUGUUAAACUUUACGAGGAAUCGGAGAAGCUUUUUACCCCUGUUUCUCUAAAGAUUGGGAAUAAGUAUUUUCAAGUCUUAAUAGAACAAGGAUUUAAACUUACAAUAGACGGGUUGGACAAGACUUUUGAUAUAAAGUAUAAUAAUGUCUACGAGAUUUCGUCGUUAUCUUCUGUUGAUGUUUCGUCUAUAACAGGAGAUUCUACUGAAUUUACGCUAGGGUUUGUUGAUGAUGAACGAUUAAUAUUUUCAAGUGCCAAGUACUUAGAAAUUGUCAAGAUGUUUUAUUAUGCGGAGACGAAACUGGAAGAUGAUUACAGCAUGACUACAACUGAGUCCCAUAUUCGCUCGGAAGUAGAUGGUGACGAACAAAGAGCUAAGGACACAAGCGAAAUUAUUGCACAUCUUUUCCUUGUUAUUCUUGUUGGUUUGUUUAACGAGGAUCACCUUGUUAAAAACAUUUCCUACAAUUUAUUAGUUGCAACGCAAAACACAUUCAACUUGAAUUUUGGUGCACAUUUGCAUGAGUCCCCAGAAGUUUAUGUUCCAGAUGAUACUACGACCUUCUUAUGUCAAAUUACAACUACAAUUGCCGAAACAUCACCACAACUGACUCCAUAUAUUUGGAAAUAUAUGUUAGGUGCACUAGAUGCCAACGAAUUUCCACAUGCGCAUAUACCAACAAUCGUUUCGUGUCUAUCAUAUUGGAUUCCAAAUUUAUUCACUUGUGUAUACCUUGCGGAUGAUGAGGAGGGACCUGAAUUCACGUCUCAUAUCAUCCGUACGCUCAUUAAAUUGACUGUUCGUGAACCAGACUUUACAGCUAUAUACUUACAGCAAAUAUGGUUCUUACUUGCGGUCGAUGGUCGCUUAACCAGUAUUAUGGUUGAAGAAGUCAUUAACCAUUCAUUAGACAGAGAUUCGGAGAGUAGAGAAUGGAAAAAUGCCGUGUCUUUAUUAACUGGUUUUCCAACCGUUGAAGUUGCAUGUCAGGUUGUGAAUAAACUAAUGUACAUUAUUAAAUCGUUUCUACCUUCCCUGAAAUUGGAGGUGUCUACACACAGUUGGUCUGAACUUAAAAUCCUUGUAAGAAUAAGUGUCUCCCUAUUUUUUGAAACUCCCUUAUUGGCCCAAAUGUUUUUACCAGAACUACUUUUUAUCGUGUCAUUAUUAAUUGAUGUGGGUCCCACUGAAGUAAGAGCAUCAUUACAUGAGCUGUUGAUGAAUGUUUGUCACUCAUUGAUUAUUAAUGGUACCUUAGCAGAGAAAAACAGAGAAAUGCUAGAUAAAGUUUGUGCGGUAUUUUCUCGCCAAAAGAUAAACUUCAUGCCAGGAUUCAGUCAAGAAAAGGGACGAGUAUUGCCUAAUUUUAGUGCUUCAUCAUUUGCUAAUAAAUUUGGUAUUUUAGAACACUUUACAACAAAUAUGGUUUUAUUAAUGGAUUAUGGUUCAACAUCUGAGGCAGCUCAAUGGAAAACAAAGUAUAAAAAAUACUUAAUGGAUUCAAUCUUUAACCAUGAUUCAUUUCUUUUGGCUCGUGCCAUUAUGAUACUUGGAAUCAUGGGAAAGUCAUACACCUCUUCAAUGUUAUGUAAAGAUUUACUGGCUGAGACUAUGAAAGUUAUAUCAGCCCCAGUUGUUGAUGACGAACAAAUGUUCCUUGUCAUUGCACAUGUGUUCACGUAUACCAAAUGUGUUGAAGGAUUAGACCCUUCGGAUGAAUUGAUGGGUAAAAUGUUUUGGUUUGCAACAACUUUUGCCGAAUCCCCUCAUCCCGUUGUUUUUGAGGGAGGACUAAUACUCAUGAUGAACUGUUUGAAGAAAAUAUUCUCCCUACACUUCAAAAACAGAAAGGAAGGUCAGGAGUCGCUGGCAGCUAGAAUUAUGGAAUCAAGAAGAUUUGCAAAACCACUUUUAUAUGAAAUUGAAGGUUUCACAAAUAGUACAUGGUCACUUGCCAACUAUCCACACAUCUUUUUGGCUUUUAUCUCGCGAGGUUUGUCAAUUCCUGUUGUGAAAGGAACGGCACUUGAUUUCUUAGAAUCACUUCUGAAGAACAGUUACUUUGAAUAUCAAUUAACACCAUCACACAUGGCUCACUUAAGCUACCUUCUAUUCUAUUAUUUGUUGAAUGGAUCAGACGCAGUUUCAAACUUUUUGACCACUAUUGAUUUUAAAUCAGAGGAUGUUUACCUUGAUGAUGUAAAUAAGAUCCCCAAGGAAUUAGCAGACUGGAUGUGCUCAGAUACAGAUUAUGCCAAUAUUUCCCUAUAUCAAGGCGCCUUGAUAUUUGUCAGUUCAUUUUCUGAUGAACCCUGCAAGUUAAGGUUUGCAUUAAUUAUGCGGUACUUGUUAAGACAGAACCCAAGUUGCUUAUUUAGAUUCUACCCUCUUGUGAGGAAGGAAUUAAGAAGAUUGUCAUCAUUAGAACAGUCUUCAGAUUGUGUGUCUGUUUUCUUUGAAAUUAUUGAGCUCUUGGUUCACUAUCCUGAGUACGACCGUUUAGACCAAAUAUAUGACGAAACAUUAACCAUGCUGAAAACACGGGGCCUAUCAAACGUACUAACUGUGCAAACAUAUAGUAGAAUGUAUUCUGAUCUUAUUAUGGGAAUAAAAGAUCACAGCAAUGUUAUUUACCAGAGGAAGAAGAUCAUGACGAAAAUUAUAGCAAGAAUGCUCACAUAA